UCCAUGCGAGCAUGCCCAGAACAUGAUGGGCUGAUUUGCUGAUAAAUUACUCUCCUGUCUCCCCAUCACCGCUUCUUAAACGAUCAUUUGACUUAAGCUCGUCCCUAUCUACCCGAGCAGAUCUAGCUCACAGCGAAACUGCAACUCUGCAAGCGUGUGCAGCGCCUAUAUAAACGUAGCUCGACUCGCUGAGCUAGAGGCGGAAAGCUAAUUACGCCACGCCUCCGGCGGACAUCUCGCGCUCUCGCCUUUGCCGAGGAAGAAGAGGAGAUGCGAGAAAUGGCGAUAAAAAUGGACAGGACGACGAUCAUCGUGUGCGCAGUGGUCGGGUCUCUAGGGGUGCUGAGUGCCAUCUUGGGGUUCUCGGCUGAGGGGACAAAGCUCACUCCAUACACGAUACUGGUUUACGGCGACGACUGCAUCUACCCGCAGAACCCGGCGCUCGGGCUGGGGAUCUGCGCCGUCAUCUUCCUGCUCGCGGCGCAGGUCACGUCCACGGCGGUCGGCGGCUGCUGCGGCUGCUGCAAGUCCCGCUCCAUCCCUUCGGAGACCAAGCGGAUCGUCGGCAUCGUCUGCGCCGUCGCCUCGUGGAUAGCCGCGGUGAUCGCGUGGGCGCUGCUCAUCGUAGGAGCGUCGUGGAACGCCAACGUGGUGCGGGUGGCCGCCGCGCCGUUCUGCCCCUACCUCAAGGACGGCAUCUUCGCCGGCGGCGGCGUGCUCACCCUCGCCGCCGCGGCGCUCGGCAUCACCUCCUUCAUCAUGCUGCGUACGCGGCCGGUGGAGGCGGCGGCGGCGACGCCGGCAGCGUCCGUAGGCGGCACAACACCGAACAGGCCCGUCGGGCAGUCGCCGUCGAACGAGGUCGUGAUGGGCCACCCGCUGCUACCACCAGCGAGCAAGGCACAGCAGCCUUCCAAACCUCAGGCAUACGUGCAACAGGUCGCUCCUGCUUCUCAUCCACAACCACAAGGGAACGGACAAGCACCACAGAACCUACAGGCUCCUCCUCCUUCUGCUCAAGACAAUGGAUCCCAGGCACCGAACCAGCAGUUCCUUCCUCAGGCGCUCCCCGCGGGCGCCGCACUGGCGGCAGCGGCGUGCGCACCCCAAGAACCAGGCGAGCAGCCGCCGCGGCCGCUCGGGGUGGUGAUGGGCCAACCGCAAGUCCAGCUGCCCCUAUCGGUGCCGAUGAAUGACACUCUACAAUACCCUAUUCCGGCGCCUCAGGUAUCCGCGGAGGCACCGAUCACUCCCCCAGCUCCUGGCGCUUCGCAAGGCACCGGACUGUCGUCAGUUAUUCGCAACGAGUUAGCCAGAGCAACAAUUAGAUUCGCUGGGAAGGCGAUGGAGCAUGCCGUCUUCUCUAACAACACCGCUACCAUGGUGACUGAUCCUACCGAAGAAGGUGACGUUGGCGCUACUGAUAACGGGGUCGCUGUUGUAUAAUUCAUCUUAUGCUCUCUUCUUUAUGAUCAGCCCCGGCCCAGUUUGUUGUUUGUUCUUCCAGCGGCUUCAAGAUCGAAGCAUGUAUCCGAUCCAGCUUCCUUGUCGUUCUCGUUUGAAACCCAUAAGCACUACCCAAGUGUUCAGAAGAAUUGCACAACUAGACUAUUUAUGAUAAUGUACUUCAUUGCCUAGAUUUUUUAUGAUAAUGUAAAAUCUUGUAUCUUAAGUUUUUUUAAACAUUCUCCUUUUAAAUAUUUUUGCUC